UUAGCAAAAUACCACAGUAUAUAGAUAUUGUAAAUACUCCAUUACAGAAAAUAAAAAAUACAGAAAAGUACUAUUAUCUUAAAAUGUACUUACUGACUUUGCACCACUUUCUCAUCAUGCCCCAAUAUGAAAUUACUACAUUACAUGUACAAGUCCUGCUUUCAAAACAGUGUGUAGAAAACGUACAACCAAGUUAAAUUAUCUCAAAAUGCAGAUUUGACAAGUUUAAGAGAUAUAUUUUUAUUAUCAAAGUUAUUUUGAACCAACUUCAAAUUGUAUUGGAUGGUGUAGUCUAUAAUUAUAAUUUAUUAUGAAUUAUAAUAAUUCAUAAUAGGCUAUUAUAUAUAAUUUUGUGUUUUGUAGCAAAAAUACUACCUGAAAGUAAUUAGUAAAUUUAGCUGUUAUGUUAAUUGGGUGACGUGCAAAUUAUUUCCCUAUACAUUCCAUCGCAAAGACCAACUACCUUUAAUUUGUAGUUACAUUUUCUACAGCACUUGAGUAAAUGUAUAUAGUACUUUACCAUCUCCGACGGUUUAAUAAUUGAUUAUUCAUUUGUUGGUCAGGCGGUGGCGGACCUAAUGUAUCGGUUGGUACUGUGUUUCCGCACGGAUCUUUAUUCACGUAGUACCGCCCGAGCACAUGUGUAAACAAGAAGUUGGGUAGCGUCUAUAAACGUUAACGUUAACAAAGCCGAUGUGCUACUGGUGGUAAUCCAAUGUCACAGUUUAUAUAAGAUUUAUAAACAACAAAAUAGCGCUUCAGACAUAUUUUUGAUCCAAAAUGGCGUCAUCGGAGGCGCAACAUGACAGCGACGAUGGCAUGGAUGAGCUCAUGGACAAAUUCAAGACUCAUAAUUAUAAAAAUGCCUUCAGUAAAGACAACUGGGAGGAGGAGUUUGAUAGAAUACCUAUGUUCAUGAAAAAAGCCCCUGAAGAGAUAGACCCACUAAAAUACCCGGAACUAGCUUGUCUGCAGGCCAUUGUACACGAUGAAGAUAGACCCCCAGAAGAGCAAGCAGCAAGCCUGAAAGAUGAGGGGAAUGCGUUUUUCAAGGAGAAGAACUACGAGAAGGCCAUACUGUCCUACACAGCAGGUCUGAAGAAGAAAUGUGGAGACCAGGAGCUCAACACAGUCCUGCUCACCAACCGGGCUGCAGCACACUUUCACCUGGGUAACAUGCGCUCUGCGUUGAACGAUGCUGGAGCUGCAAAGAAGAUUAAACCAGACCACCUCAAAGCCUUGAUCAGAGGUGCUCAGAGUUGUAUAGAGCUGCGUAACUUUGCAGAAGCUGUCCAGUGGUGUGACGAGGGGCUCAAGGUUCAUCCUGCUGACAAGACGCUGCAGGAGCUGAGAGCAGCAGCAGAUAAACACAAGAGAGCAACAGAGAGAGAUGCCAGGAAGGCCAAGAUCAAAGAUAAAAAGCUGCAUGCUGAGAAAGAAGCUCUUCUGGCUGCUAUAAAGGAUCGAGGCAUCAAGCUCCUCCAUUCUGUGAAGCCUCGUCGGAGCGGUUCAGACAGCGAGGAUGAGGAUGAAGGCUCCCCAGCAGCGAUGUCACAGCUGAACCUGGAUUGCCUCAGCUCUCAGGAGGCCACGGGGGCUCAGGUGUUCCUGGACGAGCAGCGCUCUCUGCACUGGCCUGUUCUCUUCCUCUACCCUGAACACCAGCAGACUGAUUUCAUCUCGGCUUUCUCCGAGAAUAACUGUUUUAUAGAUCACCUGGCAGUUAUGUUUGGAGAAGAACUUCCACCUUGGGACGUGGACAGAAAAUACCACCCAAAAGAUUUGCAGCUGUACUUUGAAGAUGAGGAGAAGGAGACGCUCUACCAAGUAAACCCAGAGACGUCACUUUUAAAAGUGUUGCAGCAUAAAAGGUGUUUUGUCAAGUCCGGCAGUCCCAGCUUCAUCGUUCUGGUUCGGAGUUCGUCAUUCUGGAAGCAGUUUUUAACAGGAAAGAAAGUACGAGGAUUGUAAAAACAUUGGCCUUCAAAUCUUGAGACUUGAAGCUAUUCAACUCCAGUGGACUAAGAUUGCACUUGAAACAGACACAAUGGAAGAUAUGCAUGUCUCUUGUGGUCAAGAGUAGGACACAUUGUUUGACAUCAAAUAUCAGUAAUAAAUGAUUAUAAAACAAAUGAAAUCUCCAAAACUAAUCCAUGUGGAUUCUUUGUUCUUCUGUCUGUAAAAUGAUAAACUGCAGAAUGACAGCCAAAAUCAAUUAAUUCAAGAUUAAUUAGAUAAAUGAAACACAAACAAACACAAGUAUCAAACCAUUGAACACAGAAUAUAAAGCCAUCUGAAGAAAAUCUUUGAUUUUAUUUUGAUUUGUGAUAUUGGACAAUACAAUUAUAUUGAACUAAAUUGAACAAGUAAUGUAAAUGCUUGUAAGUAAACAUGAAAAAAUGUUGCUACAAGUCUCAGUGCGAGUCAACAACAAAAGCAAUAUAAUCUCAAAUUCUGUUUUAUUAUCCACUAAGGAAAUUAAUUUGGACGUCAUCAGAAAAUGUUCUCAUUCUUCAAAGAAGGUUAUUAAGUCUAAGUGAGAAGUGAAAGCAAAGGACGUGAAGAAGUUUGACAAUUUGCCAAGUUAGGUGUUCAAUGCAGCUGUCGGUGUGCAUGAACCAGCUUUUCUUCAUUUACCAAGCUUCUCUGCUACAGUGCAUUACAGACAACUCGGGGUGAGUGACAGUCACAUCCUCUUGACUGCAUCAUAUUUGACUGCAUUGCUUUAUAAAGACGGUUUGUAGCAUCUAACGGCAUGUCCCAGAACAUCCACUCUACUGUCAUACAGAUAGUAUCCUUGUAUCAUAAUUCUAGGUGCGUACGACAAGUACUUUUAGUGAUGGACAAAUAAAACUUUGGGGCUUUCGUUCUAUCUGUGAAAAAGAUUUGAGGCGUUGGGGCUUCAAACACAGCAAAAACAGGGACACCUGGUGGUAUGCAACACUUAUAGCAGCCCUUCAAGACAGACCAAAGCACUACAAUUAAUGUAGAUGAUAUUGUGCAAUAUGUUAUGUAUGUCAUUGAGAUACCAAAGGGACACAAUUCAAAAUUCACUGGUAAAUCAAUUUAGGAUUCUGGUUUAACAAAACAAACAGCAGCAUGAUCUGAGCUGAAUGAUAUGUCCUUGACAUACUACUAGAAAUACUAAAAAUUUGGGUGGGACUCUCUGGCGCAACACUUAACUGGUUUGAAUCCUACUUGAAGGACCGAGAAUACUUUGUGUCUGUAGCUAAUUACACACCAGAGCU